AUGGUUUUGCUGGCUCUGGCCGUUGCUGUCCCGUUGCUGCUGCUGCGCACCCCCGAGACCUCAGCCCAUUACUACGAGAUGAUGGGCACCUGUCGGAUGGUUUGCGACCCGUACACCCCCAAACAGGGAGGCGCCACCGCCAUGGAGGUGAUCCAGAACGUUAACGGCGUCGCUCCGCAGCCGCCGAUGGCGCAAGGGAGCCGCGGGGAGCCCGGGCGACCGGGAAAACCGGGAUCGAGGGGACCGCCGGGAGAACCAGGACCCCCGGGUCCAAGGGGGCCACCGGGAGAGCGCGGCGACGGCAAACUCGCCUUCCCCGCGUUAUCCGGAGCUGCGGGGGGCGAAAACGGCGAACCAGACGGUGUGAACUCCACGGCCAGCAGUUACAGGAUCGCUUUUUACGUCGGGCUGAAGAACCCACACGAGGGAUAUGAGGUGUUAAAGUUUGACGACGUGAUUACAAACUUGGGGAACCACUACGACGCGAGCACCGGGAAGUUCACCUGCCAUGUGUCCGGGAUCUAUUUCUUCACCUACCAUGUGCUGAUGCGCGGGGGAGACGGGACCAGCAUGUGGGCCGACCUGUGCAAAAACGGACAGGUGCGGGCCAGUGCCAUAGCUCAGGAUGCAGACCAGAACUACGACUACGCCAGCAACAGCGCCGUGCUGCACUUGGACUCCGGGGACGAGAUCUACGUCAAGCUGGACGGCGGCAAGGCUCACGGAGGCAACAACAACAAGUACAGCACCUUCUCCGGCUUCAUCUUGUACCCAGACUAA